CUUAGACCCUAAUUUAAUACCGGAAGUGGCAAGUCACCGAGGUUAAACAAAAAUGUUGAGCUCAGUUUGCAGAAAUAUAAUUUCGACUGCUAAACAGCAGUUUCGAAGUUUGCAUAAUACAUCAGCAGUAUGUAGUGACCACAUGUUUGUGCACAGAGAUACACCAAUUAAUAACCCUGAUGUAAAAUUUGAAUUUACUCCAGAAAACCGAAAGAGAGCUGAUGCUAUUAUAGCUAAUUACCCAGAUGGUCACAAACAAGCAGCUGUAAUCCCAUUAUUAGAUCUAGCUCAAAGACAACAUGGUUGGACUCCACUUGCUGUAAUGCAUAAAGUUGCUGAUAUUCUAAAAAUGCCUAGAAUGCGGGUGUAUGAAGUAGCCACAUUUUACACUAUGUUUAAUAGGGAACCUGUUGGUAAAUAUUUUGUUCAGAUCUGUACGACCACACCAUGUAUGUUAGGUGGUGUUGGUUCCGAUGUUAUCUUACAGGCAAUCAAAGAUAAUCUAGGUGUUAAAGUUGGAGAAACAACUAAAGAUGGUAUGUUUACACUAGCUGAAGUAGAAUGUCUAGGUGCUUGUGUUAAUGCUCCUAUGAUACAGAUUAAUGAUAAUUAUUAUGAAGACUUAACAGUUGAAGACACAAACAGAAUUCUCAAUGACAUUAAAUCAGGAAAGAUGCCAAAACCUGGACCACAGAGUGGUCAAGAUUGGAGAUUUGCUUCUGAACCCAAAACAGGAUUAACCUCUUUAACGGACCCCCCUAAAGGUCCUGGAUUUGGAGUUCGUAGUGAUUUAUAGAAUAAAAUAUUAACAGCAAUGUUGAUUGUAAUAUAGUAAUAAUAUAUCGCUUGUUAUUGUAAGGACUGAAAACAGUUGUAAAAUAAAUUAUGUAAUAUAA